UCUCUUUGCGGUGCCCCCUUCGCUGGUAGUCAAGGCAGCUCGCUUUACGGCCCGGCGGCGAUGGCGGAGGGAGAGCGGGCGGAGAACGGCGGAAGCCCCGGGCGGCCGCCUCAGGAAGCCGAGGCGGAGUCGCUGGAGCGCGCCGAAACCCUCAAGACGCAGGCAAACGACUUCUUCAAAGGAAAGGAUUAUGAGAAUGCAGUGAAGUAUUACACCCAGGCCAUCGAACUGAACCCCACCAACGCCAUCUAUUAUGGCAACCGGAGCCUGGCCUACCUGCGGACGGAAUGCUACGGCUACGCCUUGGCCGACGCCACCAAGUCCAUCGAGUUGGACAAGAAGUACAUCAAAGGCUAUUACCGGCGGGCCACCAGCAACAUGGCCCUGGGGAAGUUCAAGGCGGCCUUGCGGGACUAUGAGACGGUUGUCAAGGUGAAACCCAAUGAUAAGGAUGCCAAGAUGAAAUACCAAGAAUGCAACAAGAUUGUGAAGCAGAAGGCCUUUGAGCGUGCCAUUGCCAGCGAGGAACACAAGCGGUCCGUGGUCGACUCCUUGGACAUAGAAAGCAUGACCAUUGAAGAUGAAUACAGCGGCCCAAAGCUGGAGGAUGGGAAGGUGACGCUUGCUUUCAUGAAGGAGUUGAUGCAGUGGUACAAGGAUCAGAAGAAGCUGCACAGGAAAUGUGCCUAUCAGAUCUUGGUGCAAGUGAAAGAGGUGCUAUCGAAACUCCCCACCCUAGUAGAAACUACGUUGAAGGAGACAGAAAAAGUAACUGUCUGUGGAGACACACACGGCCAGUACUACGAUCUCCUGAACAUAUUUGAGCUGAAUGGGCUGCCGUCAGAGACGAAUCCAUAUAUAUUUAACGGGGACUUUGUUGACCGCGGCUCCUUCUCCGUGGAAGUGAUAUUAACGCUUUUUGGUUUUAAGCUGCUAUACCCAGAUCAUUUCUACCUACUGCGUGGGAACCACGAAACAGACAACAUGAAUCAGAUCUACGGGUUCGAGGGGGAGGUCAAAGCUAAAUACACAGCCCAGAUGUUUGAACUCUUCAGUGAGGUCUUUGAAUGGCUACCUCUGGCCCAGUGCAUCAAUGGCAAAGUAUUGAUAAUGCAUGGCGGGCUGUUCAGUGAAGAUGGGGUAACACUAGACGAUAUCAGGAAGAUUGAAAGGAAUCGACAGCCUCCAGAUUCGGGUCCCAUGUGCGAUUUGCUCUGGUCGGAUCCUCAGCCCCAGAAUGGCCGGUCGGUCAGCAAGCGCGGCGUGAGCUGCCAGUUCGGGCCGGAUGUCACCAAGAGCUUCCUGGAGCGUAACAAAUUAGACUACAUCAUCCGCAGCCAUGAGGUCAAGCCGGAGGGGUAUGAGGUGGCCCACGAUGGCAAGUGUGUUACCGUCUUCUCGGCCCCCAACUACUGUGAUCAGAUGGGCAAUAAAGGUUCCUACAUCCACUUGAAAGGCUCAGACCUGCGGCCAGAAUUCCACCAGUUCACAGCAGUGCCUCAUCCAAACGUCAAGCCAAUGAUGUAUGCCAAUUCACUGCUCCAGAUGGGGAUGAUGUAAGCCGCCCUUC